UAAAAGGUCCUUUACCAGGAACCAGAAGUUGUGUAUCAGCUCCUACAAUCCUGCUGAUCUCAAGCUCUGCCUCUACAGUUGGUACAGAUGAUAUUAUUCCAGCCCAGUCUCUUCUCAGCCACAGAGCUGCUCCUGGCCUCUGCCAUCUUCUGCCUUGUAUUCUGGGUGGUCAGGACUUGGCAGCCUCAGGUCCCCAAAGGCCUGAAGAGUCCACCAGGGCCCUGGGGCUGGCCCCUGCUCGGGCACGUGCUGACCUUGGGCAAGAGCCCACACCUGGCCCUGGCGAGGCUGAGCCAGCGCUAUGGAGACGUGCUGCAGAUCCGCAUUGGCUGCACCCCUGUGCUCGUGCUCAGCGGCCUGGACACCAUCCGGCAGGCCCUGGUGCGGCAGGGCGACGAUUUCAAGGGACGGCCCGACCUCUACAGCUUCACUCUGAUCACUGAUGGCCAGAGCAUGACCUUCAACCCAGACUCUGGUCCAGUGUGGGCCGCCCGUCGGCGCCUGGCCCAGAAGGCUCUUAACACCUUCUCCAUUGCCUCAGACCCAGCUUCCUCCUCCUCCUGCUACCUGGAGGAUCAUGUGAGCAAGGAGGCCCAGUGCCUCCUUGGCAAGUUCCAGGAGCUGAUGGCAGGGCAUGGGCACUUCGAUCCCUAUGACCACAUUGUGGUGUCGGUGGGCCGUGUCAUCGGUGCCAUGUGCUUUGGGAAGGGCUUCCCGCAGAGCAGUGAGGAGAUGUUCAGCAUCGUGAAGAACAGUCAUGAAUUCGUGGAGACCGCCUCAUCCGGGAACCCCGUGGACUUCUUCCCCAUCCUUAGAUAUCUGCCCAGCCCUGCUCUGCAAAGAUUCAAGAGUUUCAAUCAAAGGCUCCUGAAAUUCCUGAGGAAACUGGUCCAGGAGCGCUAUCGGGACUUUGACAAGAACUGUAUCCAGGACAUCACAAGCGCCCUAUUCAAGCACAGCGAGGAGAAUUCCAGCACCAGCGGUGGCCUCAUCUCCCAGGAGAAGACCAUCAACCUUGUCAAUGACAUCUUUGGGGCCGGAUUUGAAACAAUUACCACAGCCAUCUCCUGGAGCCUUUUAUACCUUGUGACAUAUCCUGAGAUACAGAAGAAGAUCCAGAAGGAGCUGGACACAGUGAUUGGCAGGGAGCGGCGGCCCCAGCUCUCCGACAGACCCCAGCUGCCUUAUAUGGAGGCCUUCAUCCUGGAGCUCUUCCGAUACACCUCCUUCGUUCCCUUCACCAUCCCUCACAGCACAACAAGGGACACGACACUGAAUGGCUUCUACAUCCCCAAGGAACGGCAUGUCCUCGUAAACCAGUGGCAGGUUAAUCAUGACCCGAAGCUGUGGGGGGACCCAUUCGAGUUCCGGCCAGAGAGAUUCCUCACUGCCGAUGGCACUGCCAUCCACAAGACCAUGAGUGAGAAAGUUAUUCUCUUCGGCAUGGGCAAGCGCCGGUGCAUAGGGGAGGUCAUGGCCAAGUGGGAGGUCUUCCUCUUCCUGGCCAUCUUGCUGCAGCAGCUAGAGUUCAGCGUGCCUCCAGGCGUGAAAGUGGACCUAACCCCCACCUACGGGCUGACCAUGAAGCAUGCCCACUGCAAGCAUUUCCAGGCACGUCUGCGUUUCCCCAUCAAGUGAAGUUACCAGAGUUCUGAGGCAGAGGGAAGGGUGCAGGUUGCUCAGGAACCUUCCUUUCAUCCUUUCUUUUAUUUUACUAACACCGUUAUAGAGAUGUAAUUCAUUUACCAUGUAAUUCACCUCCUUAACAUACACAAUGCAAUGGCUUUUAGUAUAUUCACAGGGUUAUGCUACCACACCACAAUCAAUUUUAGAAGCAUCUCAUCACCCAAAAAAGGAACCCAUACCUAUGGAUGGAGUCACUCCCCAUUUCCCCCAACCCACCUUCCCUGCCCCACUAGUCCUAGGCAACUAUUAAUCUACUUUCUGUUUGUAUAGAUUUGCCUACUCUGGAUGUUUAAUAUAAAUGCAAUUAUACACUAA